GUUAAUUCACUGGAAAUUUUUAAUUGCGCUGAACCCUGCACAUACUGACAUUUCUGAAUUUCUUGUUUCAAAACAAGCUGAAUUUGUUCAUCUUUAUUCAUGAGUUUGGCACCCAAACAAGUUCAAAUAAAAAUGUAUAACUUAAAGCUAAUUUUAUCAUUUCUUAUUAGAAGAACGACUAAAGUGUAAUAUAAAGAAUUGUGAAWUUUUUUUUCAUCUAGCUUGUAAAGGGUUAUUCACAAAAUUUACGGUACAAACUAGCUUUCCGUGCAACAGGGUGCAGAAUAUCGGAAAUUACCAUAGCAAAGUCACCAUUGAAUGACAAAACAGGUUUGAAACUCGUUAUUUACCUGAAAAUCUAGAUGUAAACAUGUUUUCAACUAAUACAAAAUGCUUGUGAAAAAAAAAUAAAUCUCAUUUCUUUGCCCAUCGCUGUUUGAACGGUGAUUUCUAAGCGAUCUUUGCACAGUGUUUUUAUUCUGCCACCAUAUAAUAAGUGACUGUGCGGUCUGUCGUCCGUCGGUCGGUCUCCACAUGAAAAAGUCCAAGUCUAAGGUUCUUGACGGUCGCGAUGUCGACUCAAAAUGGUCUUGGGUUGUUUGCUUUGCUUCAUUUUUAAUCCAGUUUGUUGUACUUGGAAUUCAAAACUCAUUUGGAGCCUUUUUCAUCGAAUUUUUAAAGGAAUUCAAGCACGGAGAGUCAUCGACUGCCUGGAUUGGUUCAGUAUCGUUUGGAUUGACAUUCAUGAAUGGACCGCUAGCGACUGCACUGUGUUCUCGAUGGGGUAGUCGACCUAUCACAUGCCUUGGAGCAGUCAUGUCGUUCUCUGGACUGAUGYUAACGUCAUUUGUCAGGUCGUUUCCAUURCUCUAUUUGACUUACGGCGUCAUUUUUGGGCUGGGCGCAAGUUUUAGCUAUUUUGCUUCUAUUGCUGGGCUGACGUCAUACUUCAAGAAGCGUUUGUCUCUUGCUUAUGGGAUAACGCUGGCUGGCUCAGGUGCAGGAACCCCCGUGAUGAUUGUGUUUCUAGAAUACUUGAUCAAAAGAUGGGGAUGGCGUGUUACGUUUCAGUUUACCGCAGCAGUAGUCGUCACCGUAUUCAUUGGCGGCCUGACUUACCUUCCUAUCAGCCCCAGCAAGUCAGCAAAUCAGUCUAACGCCGUGAAACCAUGUAAAGAAAAACUGAGAGUGACYUCAAGAGCAUACUUACUGUUGCGGAAUCUGGUGCGCAUAUUCGAUCCCGAACCGUUCAAGGACCGUGCUUUCGCGGUAUGGGUUGUUGCGUUAGGGUUUUGUAUAUUUGGGUAUUUUAUACCCUUUGUAUUUGUGAUUCGCAUGGCCAAAGACAUUGGUGUUUCAUCUACCAACAGUACACUCCUCAUAGCCUACCUCGCUAUCACCCAGACAGUUUGCAAGAUCCUGUUUGGAAGACUUGGUGACUUCGCAAGGGAGAGGAGAAUCAGCAUUCUUCAAGUCAUCUUGCUUCUUCAAGCAAUUGUAACGAUGCUUUGUCCUUUAGCUUCAAAGUACGGUUACAUAGUGCUCGUUAUUUACGUCGUAGUCUUCGGUUUUUGUGAUGGAUGCUGGUCCGUUAUGGUUGGAAUGGGAACAGAACUUAUCGUUGGAAAAGCGAUGAUGCCUCGGGCGUUCGGUAGYCUUUACGGACUGAUAUCGAUCCCUCUAAUACUAGGACCUCCUAUUGCAGGAGUCAUAUAUGACCAAUAUGGAAGCUACGAUGCAGCAUUUCUUCUCGCUGGAUCGACAAUAAUUUUCGGAAUUGGUUUGAUGUUAGUAGUUCAAAGACUUAUUCGAGGAAGAUCAAAAGAUAAAAGAUCUCCAGAAAUAAAAAUAUCAUUGUCAGAAAGAGGGUCAAGUAAUAUAACAGGUGUAACAGAUAAUAUGGACAGACAAUAUCUCAUGCCCGUAUGUAGACGGAGCUCUACAGAACUUUAUAGCAGGCCUUCUAGUCUAAUCAUAUCUCGAGUCUUAGAAGACAUGGAAUGGAAUGAAGAUACUGAUGUCCACAUUGACGUAGAGAACUUUAUCAGAGUUGCCGACAUGGGCACAGGAUCUGAAGUGACUUAUAGAUUAAAAGAACAAUAUGAUCAACAGCGACAAACUGACGCGGAAGACCGAUUAAGCAUUUUCAGCGAUCGUUCUUCGUUUGUUCAUCGAGAAAGAGAGGAAAGCUUGAACUCUGAUUCUGGCAGAUCUACUUUGUAUGACGGAAAUGAAAGUUUAGCUUCAAGAUCAAGGACUUCUACAGCGGAUAGUGAUUUUGAAGUAGACGMACCAACAUGCGAAGUCAAACAUUCCGUUUCAACGGAAAUUUUAACUGAAGAGCAACUUSUGCCGUUGAAAAAMGAUUUAAACAAUUUUUAUUGCUCAUUUAGUGAUGAUAUCUUUAGUGAUCUAAUGGAAAGGGCAUUAGAGACUGAGUUUGAUCUUACCAGUAAAGCAAAUUCCAAUGUAGAGAUUGACAUUCAAUCCGCGAAGCAUGAACCGAUGUAUUUUUCCCAGCACAUUCGCGAAACCAUCCGAGGUGUUACUGUUUUGAUCACCUCACUACAGAUAUAUCAAGUGGCAGCUCAACAUGGUCACMGAAGUAGUGGUUUGAAGAUGAAACAGAUCAAUCGAUGGGCCGUUUGCAUGGCUUCUUUCACCGUUCAAUUCGUAGUUUUUGGGAUUCAAAAUUCGUAUGGAAUAUUAUUUGUAUCUCUCAGGGAAGAAUUCAAUAGCAGUGAAUUGGCCACAGCUUGGGUUGGAACUUUGUCUUUUACACUGAUGUACUUCCUGGGUCCUAUCAUGACUUCACUAUGCSAUACAUUCGGAUGCCGUUYCAUGACAUUUGGAGGRUCCAUUCUUACGGCGAUUGGGCUGUUCAGCUCUUCUUACAUGGAAGAUAUACGAUUCCUAUUUUUGACGUAUGGUUUAGGGCUAGGUAUUGGUACAAGCAUGUGUUUUUACAGCUCUUUGUGUAUUUUGAAUGUACACUUUAAAAAGAGGUUAUCCCUAGCAUAUGGGAUAUCAAUGUCAGGGGCAGGAUUUGGAGUGCCCGUGAUAUCGAAACUAUACAACUUUAUUAUCACCAUUUCUGGAUGGCGGAACUCGGUUCGGAUAUUAUCAGCGGCGGGUCCAAUCUUGUUUUGCUGCGGUKUGAUAUUCUUUACAAGAGCUGACAAGAAAACAAAAGAAAGAAAACAGAAAGAAACGGUGAUUGUCCAUCAAGAACAYCACAUCCCGCCCUGGUACAAACGCCAUAAAUUGCAUAUAMCUCAGCUUUUGGAACUUUUGUUUGAUUACAAAAUGUUCGCCAAAAGCAAAGCUUUGCGCACGUGGACACUAUCCUUGAGUCUAAUUUUGUCUGGAAUUUUGGUUCCAUUUGUGUUUAUGGUCCGAAUAGCGGAUAACAUUGGAGUGCCUCGAUCUGAAAGCUCUCUUCUGAUUGGUUACCUAGCUAUCACUCAAGCAAUUUCUAAAGUGGUAUUUGGACAAAUUGGGGACAUCGAGGCGACUUCGCGAAUUAGAAUUCUUCAGAUAUUUGCUCUGUUGAAUGCAGUUAAUAUAACACUGUGUCCUCUGGCUAUGAACUACGCCUUCUUAGUGGUAUUUGUUGUAGUGUUUGGAAUUUGCGAUGGGUGCUUUGCGGUCAUGUUUAGCAUGGGAAUACAUUUGAUUGUUGGAGAGAAGGACAUGCCACGUGCUUUUGGAAACGUUUGUUGUGUCGUUGCAUUAGUACAGGCUAUUGGAACUCCRCUCGCAGGUUUGAUAUACGACGUUUCUGGACAAUACAACGUAGCUUUUUUUGUAGCUGGAGGAUUGUCGACCAUUGGAAUAUGUGUGAUGUUUCUUGUACCCAUUUAUCUCUUUGAACACAAGGACAAAACACCCGAAGCUAGGCAUCAUUCUUCUGAUAAGGAAAAAGAGGCCAUUGCUAAACAGCUCACAGCAGGAUGCUCUUGUCCGUCUACAGGUCAAACUGAUAUCUUAAACUGUCGCUUUUGUUCUGACUUUAUAAGUUUGUCUGGUUGUCCAAGAAGUUGCAUUUGGGAUCCACAUCGCCUCACGAAUUGGGUUUAAUGGUAUUCUUUGUCUCAUUCUCUCUUAGCAUUCCAUUCAAUAUUUUGUAUAAAAAUUAAAAACAUAAAGUUGAGACACAAGGGGUCAGUUUUCAAGAGUUUUUUAUAGCAUACAUAAAUUACACAUGCAUCAUUAUUUAUAAAUUUGAAAUCGUAUUUUAAA